CUUUGCCAUGGCGCUAUUCCUUUUUCUCUCAGCUCUCCUGUUGCUUUGCGAAUCUUCGCAUGAGACAAGUGCUCAUGAAUGUAAGACUGGGGCAGAAUAUUCCGUCAAGGGCAUGAUGUUGAAGAGUCACAUUUACAAAACGAUGAGCGUAUCUCUCGGUCAUGAGUGCUUAAAGGCCUGUUACAGAGACGUCGCGUGUCAAAGUUUCAAUUACGUUCUCUCCCAAUCCACCUGUGAGUUCAGCAAUAGGAUCCAAGAGGCCAGACCUGAGGAUUUUGUACCGGAUUCCAACAGAUACUAUUUUAAACGAGAUAGAGAACGAGUCCCCUUGGGCUCCAUUCCAGAGUUGCCCGCUGAAUCAUGUAAAGAAAUCAAGGCAAGUGAAGGUGGAAAGGCGUUUAGCGGGAAAUAUUGGCUUAAUUCUGUUGUAAAAGAUAAAUCUGUACUUGCCUACUGCGACAUGGACACAGAAGAUGCAGACGAGUGCAGUGCUUCAGUCCCUAUCUGUGCCGUCAAUGCUUCAUGUCAGAAUCUUCAAGGCUCGUACAGUUGUUCUUGUAACCUUGGUUUCAGUGGAGAUGGAAAAGUCUGUACUUAUGUGGAUGAGUGUGCAAGCAACCCUUGCACUAAUGGUGGGACAUGCGUAGAUGGUAUCAAUGGCUACACCUGUACCUGCCCACCAAAUUAUCGAGGGAAUCGAUGUGAAAAAGUUGGCUGUGCUUUGACUUUAAAGAGUGUUGGCAAUCCUGUUACUCAACACAAUCGAUCUCCCACUCAAGGAGCCUGGAUGAAAGACCCUCUGGGUGUCAUGGGUAACGACACAAUAUUCGUCAUGCAAAGUUAUUCCUCAAACGACAACGUUGAGGAAUUUGAAAACCUCAACAAGUUCAAAGCAGGAGUGGUCCGCAAGACUUACACUCUGCCCUUCAAAUGGGAUGGAACAGGGGCAGUGGUGUAUGGAAAUCACCUCUAUUACAAUAGGGAAAAUAGCCAGUUCAUCAUAAAGUAUAAUUUACUCACCAGCAACAUCGAUAACCAUAUCACUUUAAGCGGAUACUCGCCAAGAAGUAUUACCUACAUGUGGGGUGGAUACAGUGGGGUUGACUUGGCAGUAGACGAAAAUGGUUUAUGGGUAUUGUGGGGCAACACAGGGAAUGGCAGUCGACUGUCCGCCUCCAAGAUUGAAGGGGAUGUCAUAGUAAACAACUACAACUUGGCUACAGAACGUAUGAACUCGAUGGGUAACGCCUUCAUAGCUUGUGGAGUGAUCUACUGCAUCGACAGUUAUCAUAGCAAUCCCACAACCAUCAACUUUGCCUAUGACACAAAGACUGGUAAUCAAUGGAACCCCAAUAUACAGUUCACGAACCAGUAUGGAUACAAUUCUAUGGUAGACUACAAUCCCAAAGAAAAGCUUUUGUACGCAUGGGACAAUCACAAACAGCUCACUUAUUCCCUCACUUGGAAUUGAAUCAUUUUCUACUGGUAAUAUGAAACAUAUUGAUCGCUUUAAAUCUUAUAAAAGUUAAUUUUGUUUAAGGUACGCU